AUGAAGACUUACCUAGAGGCAUUAGAUCUUUGGGAAGUUGUUGAAGAGAAUUAUGACGUACUUUCGCUGUCAGAUAAUCCUACUAUGAACCAAAUCAGAAUUCACAAGGAGAAAAAAACAAAAAAGGAAAAGUCGUGUCUAUUUGCCGGUGUCUCUCAAACCAUCUUCACAAGAAUCAUGGCUCUCAAAUCAGCAAACGCAAUUUGGGAUUACCAGGAGAUGCAAAUGCUUAAUCUAAUGAGGGAAUUUGAGUUGCAAAAGAUGAAAGAGUCUGAGACAGUCAAGGAUUACACAGACAAAUCAUUGGGUAUUGCCAACAAGAUAAGGCUGUUGGGUGGUGAUUUUGCUAAUUCCAGAAUAGUUGAAAUUUUUUUGGUAACGGUGCCGAAGAGGUAUGAAGCAUCUAUAGUCUCAUUGGAGAACACAAAGGAUCUAUCUAAGAUCACAUUGGCAGAAGUGGUACAUGCCUUGCAAGCCCAAGAACAGCGAAGGCUGAUGAGAGAAGAUCGUGUGGUUGAAGGUGCACUUCAAGCCAAGCAUCAUGACUCUGGGAACAGCAUAAAGAAAAAUUUCAAGAAGAACCUGCCAGCAAGCAAUGAAAAUGGUGCAAACAACCAAAACAAAGGUAAGGGAAAAAGGAAAAAUUACCCACCUUGUCAGCAUUGCGGAAAAAUGGGUCAACCGCCAUUCAAGUGUUGGAGAAGACCAAAUGCAAAGUGCAGUAAGUACAAUCAGCUUGGACACGAAGCUGUAAUUUGUAAAAGAAAAUUUCAACAACCUGAAGCUAAUGCCCAAGUUGUGGAGCAAAAUGAAGAAGAUUAUAUUUUUGUUGCAACAUGCUAUUUGAUGAGGAGUAGUUCAGAGUGUUGA